AUGCACGACGACCCUCUAUUUCUCAAGCACGUGUAUUAUUUGAAAAAGGAAAAGAGGAAUUUCUUCAAUGGGCAAAAGGACAAUCCGAAUGGAUCAUUCAUUAUGCAGCCAGCUGCUAUAGUUUUCUUGAACUUGUACAUCCAUAGCACAAAGCAAUUCAGAGAUAUCUCAAUCAUAUUGAGCGCACCAUCUGCAACAAGUCAGCAGCAUUUGAAUCGACAAAUUCAAGGCUACGUCCUGUUGAUUGUGCAAGAAGAAGCACAUUUUCUCUGGACGGAGGAGCUGAUUGAACGACUUAUCUGGGGACCGAAAGAUUUAGAUGUGGUCUCCCUUGUUGGAAUGCCUGGAAUAGGUAAGACGACGUUAGCGAAGAGAUUAUAUACUCAUAAUGUUAUUAUCAGUCGCUUUGAUGUUUGUUCAUGGGGCACUAUUUCUCAAGCAUAUAAUAAGAGGAAGACCUUGCUUGAAAUGUUGGGUGAUUUGGUUCCUCUCAAUGACAGCACGUGUAGUGAUGAUGAACUAGCAGAGAAGCUGCGAAGACAUUUGCUAAAGAAGAGUUACCUCAUAGUCAUUGAUGAUUUAUGGAGCAUUGACGCAUGGGAUGCCUUAAUGAGAUGUUUUCCAGAUGAUAAAAACAGCAGUAGAAUCAUCUUGACAAAUAGACGAGACAAUGUGGCUUCUUAUACUAAGCGUUUUAGUGCCCCUCAUCAUCAUCGUUUAUUCACAGAUGAAGAAAGUUGGCGCUUAUUGCAGAAGGAGGUGUUUGGAGAAGAAAGGUUUCCUCCAGAACUUGAGAAGAUAGGAGUGCAAAUAGCACAGAGCUGCAGAGGUCUUCCACUUGCAAUUGUUUUGGUAGCUGGUCUUCUUGCCAAAAUAGAAAAACAAGAACUUUGUUGGAGAAAAGUUACCAAUGAUUUAAGAUGUUCAUGUGUUAUUGCUGAUGAUGCCCAAAGGUACAUGGACAUAAUUACGUUGAGCUUCAGUCUUUUACCUGAUCAGUUGAAACUAUGUUUUCUCUACUUUGGAGAAUACUUUGGAAAUGGAGUUAAGGUCCGAAAGUUGAUACAGCGUUGGGUUGCUGAAGAAUUUGCAAUAGGUAACGGGUUAAAGAGUGCAGAGAAUGUAGCAAAGGACUACGUGAUGGAGUUAGUAGAUAGUAACCUUGUAAUGGUUGUCCGAAGGAGUUUCUCCGGCAAGGUGAUAGCAAUUAGCAUGCAUGAUCUAUUAGGCGAGUUUUGCUCCACUACUUGUAUAGAUCAAUGGGGGCCAGAGGGGUAA